AUGGACAACAUGAACUCCUUUGUGGAAUACUCUAUUUGUAACCGACCAGGCAGCGGAUCUUAUCCUGCCCCUAAACCUGGAUAUCAUCAUCAUCAUCUGCAUCACCACCACCUUCCUCUGGAUCAGCACCAUGGCCUCUCAGUGACCCCCGGGUCCCUCCACACGGGCCUCAGCGGCUCCUCUGUCCCGGUGAACGGGGCCGGCGGUGACAGCGGGUACAGCGCAGACGGAGGGGUGUACGGAAACACCGCAGCGGACAUUGGAGGAGCGCACGAGACCGGAGGAGUGGGCCAGCAUCAUCAUCAGCAUCCAAUAAAUCAUCUGGAGCAUCAACAGCACACACACAACGGCUUCCAACAUCACCAGAACCAAAGCUCUCAGAGUGGAUUAUUGACUCAGUAUACAAAUGGCAGUGGAUGCACAUCCGGGGCCUACGCAGGUCAGGCGUGUGUUACAAACUCAGAGUAUGUAGCCAUCACGGGUCCUCCCAGCUCCGUCCAGCCUCAGUAUUUUCUGGAGGAGUCGGUGGCCUCCACUUACUACCAUCAAUCAGCCUUUCCAACUUCCACCCCAGCUGUCGGUCCCAGCUACAGCGCUCUUCCGGGGUCGUAUUGCGGGCCGCAGGGCCCUCUUGCCAGCUCUCAGUACCCGCAGCAGAUUGGCGGGGGUCUGGAAACAGUGGCUUACCUGGGGCUGCCGCAAGCAGGAGGAUAUGGAGAACUGGCGGCAUCCCAGGACCGAGGGAGGGAAGAAGAGGGCAGUCAGCAGUCGGGACAGGGGCAAACCUUUGACUGGAUGAAGGUGAAGAGGAAUCCCCCGAAAACAGUCAAAGUGUCGGACUUUGGUCUCACUGGAGUUCACAACAACGCCAUGCGAACCAACUUCAGCACGCGGCAGCUGACGGAGCUGGAGAAGGAGUUCCACUUCAGCAAGUACCUGACGCGGGCGCGGCGCGUGGAGAUCGCCGCCACCCUGGAACUGAACGAGACCCAGGUGAAGAUCUGGUUCCAGAAUAGACGGAUGAAGCAGAAGAAACGCGAGCGGGAAGGAGCGGGCACUGCUGCGCGCGCCUACUCCUCUGAGACCCGCGGCGGGUUUGUGAAGGACUUGGAGGACACGGACCACUCUUCUGUAUCCACCUCUCCGGGAGCGUCGCCGAGCUCCGAGACGUAGACUGAGCGUCACUGGAGACCAACACUUUUUAUUACUGUGAUCCAGAAAUACAUUUCCGUUCUCCACACUUGCACCGACCCUCUGUUUGUUUGGUUUUUUAUUAUUAAUUUUGCUCUUUUCCUCCAUCAGUUGUCUAUGCACUACACAUACUUUCUUGGAUUCUGCGCAUCUUAUUUUAUUACAUUUUUGCCAAACAGUUUACAUUAAUCAAUACAUUUGUGUCUGAAAUCUGCUUUUAUGAUUUUUUUCAUCACUUAAUUUUUAUUAAUAGCAAAACAACAACAAUAAUAAAAGAGAUCUAGCUCACCCGCAUGUGUUUGUCCAGGUAUCCAAAACUUGACAAUAGUGACAAAAGGGUGACAUUUUUUUAAAAAUCUGCAAAUGUGAACAAUAUUUUUUAAUUCUUAGCUUUCCAGAAUUUUCCGAGACUAACCCUAAAGAUUUCAGUGACGAUUUGCAAAGAUGUUUUCUCAAUUUAGCAAAAUGUUUUGAUCUGAUGAAAAUCCUUCACAACUUGAGAAUCCUCAGAAUGAACUCUUUAAAUGUUCAAUUCACAUCUGUAACCAGCUUUGCCCACGUCGACCAUUGUUGGCCUUAGAAAGCAGAAAUAUGUAUGUAAACAUAAUAUUUUAAUGUACUGAUUUUAUUUUAUUUUAUUUUAUUUUAGGUGAGAGCAGUUUUAUUAGUAUUAUCGCCUUAAACAGACUUCCAAUCAUGUCCUGUUUUCUACGUAAAACUACCUCAAAUAAAUCUCUUCUGUCAA